AAUUGCUUUGAAUUCAAAACAUAGCCUUUUCAUUUGUAUUUUGUGUUUCAAAAGUACGUUUUAGUAGCACAUUUCGGUCAUGAAUUUGGGAGACUUUUUCACGUAUUUGGGGCAUGUUCUUGGACUUAUUGGCAACAAUGGCACCACUACGGGCCUAUCAACCACCACUUUUGCUGAAAGUUCAACGCCCAUCAUCCUAGACACAUCAUCAUUUAAAGAGUACAGAAGCUCUCAGUUUCCUUCCUCAGUUCCUCCAAAAAUUUUAUCUAGUCUUUUCAGUGAAACAACCUAUGAGACAACAACAGAAAAUGCAAGCUCAGGAACCGUUAGACAAACAACUGAAGAUGUAGCAAAUUCAACCCAUAUGGGAGUUAACGUCACUGAAACCGACCACGCAGGAGAUUUAAAUGGAACAACUGACGGUGGAUUUAACAUCACUGGCACAGGAGAUUUCAAUGGAACAACGGACAGCGAAUUUAACGUCACUGGCACAGGAGAUUUUAAUGGAACAACGGAGGACAGCGGAUUCAACGUCACCACUGAUCUAACAGGAGAUUUCAAUGAAACAACUGAGGGCGGAUUUAACUUCACCACUGAUCUGACAGGAGAUUUCAAUGGAACAACUGAAAGUGGAUCAAACGUUACAACAACGGAAGAUUCAGACACAACAAUACUCAAUCCCAGCACACCUGAUGAAUCGAACUCUACAACUAAUGGUACAACUUCAACUGAAGGUCCUAGUUCCAAUAGCACAACUGAUGCUCCUGGCUCAACUGCAAGCGACCAAACUGGAGGAACUGUCACUGGAUCAACUGAAGUUCCUCCAACCGAUAAGCCUAAGCUUAGUAAAGGUGCAGUAGCAGGCAUCGUUAUUGGCUGCUUAUUAGCAGUAGCGCUAGUAACAGCAGCUGUGGUUUUUGUCGUUAAGCAGAGGGGCAGCCCAGAAAGGCGCAGAUUAAAUCCAUGAGGAAACUAAGCGCGGGAGUUUUUAAAUCUUCGAAGCAUUUCAUCCUGGCUACUUGGUCUGCCUAAGUUCCAUUUCUCAUUUUAAGAUGUUUUAAGAUGUGUAUGCAUAUCAGGACACCAUUGUAGCCCUUUUUGUUGGCAGCUCAUGUUAUUAAGAAGAAAAGUCCUGCUUCUUGUAUUAACGUUGUUUUGUAUAAAGUGUUGAACAACA